CCAAAAUUCUUCAUCACACAGGCAUUUUACAAACCUCCCUGAGUUAUACUAUAAGAUUACACUAGCUGAUCAGCUGAAGGAGCUGGUUAGCAUGGUGCGUUCUGUCGCGCUCGCCGUGUGCGCCGCCGCGCUUCUGCUCGCCAUGGCGGCCGGCGGUGCGGCGGCGCAGGGCGUGGGCUCGGUCAUCACGCGGGCGGUGUACGAGACCAUGCUGCCAAACCGGGACAACUCGAUCUGCCCGGCCAAGGGGUUUUACACGUACGACGCCUUCAUCGCCGCCGCCGGCACCUUCCCGGGGUUCGGCACCACCGGCAGCGCGGACGACGUGAAGCGCGAGCUCGCCGCCUUCUUCGGCCAGACCUCCCACGAGACCACCGGAGGGCCCCAGUUUCAAUGGGGCUACUGUUUCAAGGAAGAGAAAACCAUGGCCACGUCUCCACCCUACUAUGGACGGGGACCGAUUCAAUUAACAGGGCAGUCCAACUACGAUCUCGCCGGGAAAGCGCUGAAACUGGAUCUGGUAAGCAACCCGAACCUGGUGUCGACGGACGCCGAGGUGUCCUUCAGGACGGCCAUGUGGUUCUGGAUGACGGCGCAGGGCAACAAGCCGUCGUGCCACGACGUCGCCCUCCGCCGCUGGACGCCGACGGCCGCCGAUACGGCCGCUGGGCGGGUUCCCGGCUACGGCGUGAUCACCAACAUCAUUAACGGCGGAAGGGAGUGUGGCAAAGGCAUGAACCCGGAGAACGUUGACCGCAUCGGCUACUACACGCGCUACUGCGGCAUACUCGGCACGGCCACCGGGGACAACCUCGACUGCUACACCCAGCAGAACUUCGCUACCUAGAAGAUGCUUGCUUGAUGUAGGCAGAUCCCGUUGCGGGCAGACUACAUGUGUAUGAAUAAGAGCAAGUACAAUAGAGCUGAGUCGAAUAAACUAGUAUAUUUCUGCUUAGUUGGAGAAAAGAGAAGAGGAGCGAGAAUGUAAGCGGGCUCUUCGUGAAGAGCCAGCUCUAGCACGUGCUCCUAGGCACUUUGUGAGAAUGAAAGGUGAGCCACAUAAUAAAAAAGUAGUACACUUUUUUAAUCUACUAUUGUACAUAUUGACUGUAAAAUGGGCUGUAGAGGACAUGCUGGCUAUACUAUUAACCAUGCUCUAAGGGUUCCGCUUCAGUACAUCCCCUUAAAUAGUCAAUGG